AAGAUAUAGAUAAUAAUAAUUGGCUAUGGCUUUUCAAGGUUCAUUUUGGGCAAUUAGCCUUUUGAUAUUUUUGGCCAAUUUUUUGUCUAUGAUUGAGUUUUCUAAGGCUGCAAAUGCAAAAGUGCCAAGCCAUACUAUAUCUAAUCCAUUUAAUCGUACCAUAUUUUCACCUGAUUUUCUUUUUGGAGCUUCCACUUCUUCCUAUCAGUAUGAAGGUGCAUGGAAUGAAGAUGGCAAAGGACCAAGUAUUGUGGAUACUUUCGUUCACACUCAUCCUGAAAAAAUAUUGGACCGUAGCAAUGGAGAUAUAGCUCUGGACUUUUAUCAUCGUUACAAGGAGGACGUGAAACUAGCAAAAUUUGAAGGACUGGAUGCUUUCAGGAUAUCUAUUGCAUGGACGAGAAUUUUACCAAAGGGUUCGGUUAAAAAGGGAAUAAAUCAAGCUGGUAUUGACUACUACAACAGUCUCAUAAAUGAGAUUGUAGCCCUUGGUAUUAAACCUCUCGUGACACUUUUUCAUUGGGAUCUUCCUCAAGCCCUUGAAGAUGAAUAUCUUGGCUUUCUAAGCCCUAAGGUCGUAGAUGAUUACGUAGAUUUUGUGGAGAUUUGUUUCAAAAAUUUUGGAGAUAGAGUGAAGUUGUGGGCAACAAUGAAUGAGCCAUGGAUUUUUACAUCAACGGGUUAUGAUUCUGGUUCUUUAGCACCUGGGCGGUGUUCAGCCUGGAUGAACAAUAAUUGCACAAUCGGUAACUCUGGCACUGAGCCUUAUAUAGCUGGACACAACAUACUUCUUGCUCAUGCUGCUGCUUCCAAACUAUACAGGCAAAAAUAUAAGCCAAUUCAAAAGGGUCAAAUAGGAACAAUUGUAGUGUCACAUUGGUUUGAGCCUGCCUCCAACAAACCAGAAGAUAUAAAAGCAUCUAUAAGAGCCCUUGAUUUUAUGCUUGGAUGGUUUAUGCACCCAUUGACUUAUGGAGAUUAUCCAACAAGUAUGAGAAAACUUGUUGGCAAGAGAUUACCAAAGUUUACCCCAAAAGAAUCAAUGUUGGUGAAAGACUCAUGUGAUUUUAUAGGAUUGAAUUAUUACACCUCUAAUUUUGCAGCUCAUAUUUCUAAACCACCAAAUACUGUCAAUAUUAGUUCAGGAACUGAUAAUCUAGUCAAUCAAACAACAUCGCUGAACGGAAAGUUAAUUGGUGAUCCAACUGGUGUGAGCAUAUUUUAUGUUGCUCCAAAGGGACUUUAUAAGCUUCUUGUUUAUAUUAAGAAAUUUUACAAGAAUCCAAUUGUUUACAUUACAGAAUGUGGAAUGGGUGAAUCCAAUAUUGAUGAUGUUGCAAAGGGUAUUAAUGAUGCUCAGAGGGUUGAUUUCUACCAACGCCAUAUUAAGGCUCUUUAUAGGGCGUUUAGGGAGGGAGUACAUGUAAAGGGGUUCUUUGCAUGGUCAUUUUAUGACAAUUUUGAAUGGGGAUCAGGAUACACACAGAGAUUUGGUAUCAAUUUUGUAGAUUACAAAAAUAACCUCAAGAGAUAUCCUAAGCGUUCUGCUCUUUGGAUGAAGAAAUUCCUUCUCAAAUAAAAUUAUUUGUACGUGUAGAAUCUAAUCAAGUGUGCUUAUUCUCCUUAAAUUCAGUAUUAAUCUGUUUGUUAAGUAGCAACUACUAAUUAUGGAAUAAAUUAAGGGGGUGUUCUCUUUGUAAUAAAAAGAGAAGAAAUAAAGUUGUUGUAACAAUA